UUGCACUGAACGGGCAUGAGAGCAGCUUGGGGGACCCGGCUGGCAGGAGCUGUGAGGAUGCAGUCAAGCUGCCAUUCCUUUGCAGUUUCACGUCACCUAUCUCAGGAUUUGUACCGGAGGGAGAGAGCAGCUGAUUGGCCCAGUCAGGUUUUGUGUCCCACCCAAGACAGAGGCGCUGUAGGAUCUCCCGAUGGGGCGGCUUCUCUCUGUACUCGUGUUCCCAGUGAGCUGCCUAAUCCUAUUGUGGGUGGCCGGUUCUGCUGCUCAGAGGUCUCCUGUGUCUCCCCAGGGAGCAUGAGGGUCCUUCAGGAUCCCACCUGCUUCUCCGACUACAUCACCUUCUCCACCUGUGAGUGGGAGAUGUCCAGACCCACCAACUGCCAGGCCGAGCUCCGCCUGACCUACCAGCUGAACUUUUACUUCUCUGAAAUCAACAAAUGUAUCCCCGAGAACAAAGCAGGUGCGGGGGACACGGUGUGCAUAUGCCAUAUGCUGAUAGAUAACGUGGUCAGAGAAGACACCUACCAGGUGGACCUGUGGGGCGGGGAGCAGCUGCUGUGGAACAGCUCCUUCAAGCCCAGUGAGCAUGUGAAACCGCUGGCCCCCAGAAACCUCACGGUUCAGGCCGACAUCUCCCACACGUGGCUGCUGACAUGGAGCAACCCGUACCCUUCUGAGAACCUCCUGAACUCCGAGCUCUCCUACCUGGUCAACAUCUCAAAUGAAAACGACCCCACAGAUUUCAGAAUCUAUAACGUGACCUACUUGGGGUACAGCCUCCGUGUCACGGCCAGCACCCUGAAAUCUGGAGCUUCCUACAGCGCACGGGUGAAGGCCUGGGCUCAGAGCUACAACAGCACCUGGAGUGAGUGGAGCCCCAGCACCAAGUGGCUUAACUACAAUGGGGAGACCUUGGAACAGCGCCUCCAACUGGGCGUCGGCAUCUCCUGCGUCAUCAUCCUGGCGGUGUGCGUGUCCUGCUAUAUCAGCGUCAUCAAGAUUAAGAAAGAAUGGUGGGACCAAAUCCCCAACCCAGCCCAUAGCCCCCUCGUGGCUGUUGUCAUUCAGGAUUCUCAGAUGCCACUGUGGCGGAAGCGGUCUCGAGGCCAGGAACCAGCCAAGUGCCCACACUGGAAGACUUGUCUUGCCAAGCUCCUGCCCUGUUUACUGGAGCAUGGCAUGGACAGGGAUGAAGACUUCUCCAAGGCUGCUAGAAAUGAGCCUUCCCAGGGUCCUGGGAAAGUAGCCUGGCGCCCCGUGGAGGUCAGCAAGACGAUCCUCCGGCCAGAGAGCAUCAGCGUGGUGCGGUGCGUGGAGCUGUUUGAGGCCCAAGUGGAGAAGGAAGAAGAGGAUGUGGAGGAAGAUAAAGGGAGCUUCUGCUCAUCGCCUGAGAACAGCAGGGGCCUCUUCCAGGAGGGCAGGGAGGACAUCGUGGCCCGGCUGACAGAGAGCAUGUUUCUGCACCUUCUCAGAGAUGAGACUGGGGGCUUUAGUCCACAAGGUGUGGGGGAGUCCUGCCUUCCCCCUUUAGAAAAUGAGAGUGCUCCGAAGCCCUGGGCCGAGUUCCCAAGGGUGGGGCCCCAGGAGGCAUCGUCUGAGGACAAGGAACAGCCUCUGAACCCAGAAUCAAGUCCUCCGGCCACUCCGACCCAGAACCCAGCCGGCCUGGCUCUCCCAGAGAUGCCCGCCAUCAUCUCCGACAACCCCGCUUACCGCAGCUUCAGCACCUUCCUGAGCCAGUCCUUGGGCCCUGGAGAGCUUGACUCAGACCCACAGCUGGCCGAACACCUGGGGGAAGGGGACCCUGACAUCCCCACCGCCCCCCAGCCGGAACCAGAAACCUGGGAGCAGAUCCUGCGUCAGAGGGUCCUCCAGCACAGCGUGGCCCCCGGCCCUACCUUGGCCCCUAGCAGCGGCUACCGGGAAUUUGUGCAGGCGGUGAAGGAGGGCGGUGCCCAGGACAGCGGGCUGGCCAGCUUCGGGCCCUCUGAAGAGGCUGGCUACAAGGCCUUCUCCAGCUUGCUUGCCAGCAGUGACAGCUGCCCCACAACCUCUGGGGUUGAGCCCAGCGGUGAGGAAGGGGGCUACAAACCCUUCCAGAGCCUCGCUUCUGGCUGCCCCGGGACCUCUACCCCCAUUCCCAUCCCCCUGUUUACCUUCGGACUGGACGUGGACCCCCCUCACAGUCCUCAGGACUCAGACUGGCCUGAGUUGGAGCCAGCAGUCAAGGGAGAUGAUGGACGGAAAUCUCUCUUCGCCCCGGUGCUGGCCACGGACCCCCUCAGGGACGACCUGGGCAAUGGCAUCAUCUACUCAGCCCUCACCUGCCACCUGUGUGGCCACCUGAAGCAGUGCCAUGGCCAGGAGGAAGCUGGCAAGGUGCAAAUUGUGGCCAGCCCCUGCUGCGGCUGCUGCUGUGGGGACAGGUCCUCACCCCUGCUGAGUCCUUUGAAGGCCCCGGACUCCCUGGCCCAGGGGGACCCACUGGAGGCCAGCUUCUCUACGGCCUCCCUAGCACCCUUGGGUGUCUCAGAGGAGGGGAAGUGCCCUCUGUUCAAUGCCCCCAGCCAUGCCCAGAGCUCAGGCCAGACUCCUGCAGUGGCGGCUGUGCUCUCCCCAGGGCCCACAUGCAUGGACGCUUCCUAGGUGCGUGCCUGUUCCUUGCUAAAGCCUGCAGGGGAGAGGGGGCCUUAAUCAGGCCUGCGAAAUGCCUCCCCCGGAAGGCCGCCAGGCUGGCAGAGUUUCAGAAGACUCUGGGAACUUUGGAAUGAAGUUGUCAGACGCUGGGUCUACAGGGACCGGACACCCCUUGCUCCCCUCACUGACCUGGGCUCGCCACCUACCAUGGGAGUGGGGGGCUCCAGGCAGCUGUGCCCACAGAGGCACCUGCAGUCAUCUGGAGAUUCCCCGGGAACCUUGGCUUGUGCACAAGCUGUUGGCCACUUCAUUGGUUCACAGCUGCACCAGCGGACUACCCCUGUCACACUCAAGGCAUCUUCUGUUGCUCUGUUACCCAGUUCUUGCCCAGACUCUAGAGUAGCUACCAUCAUCUCUCUAGAUUGGAUGCUGAGCCUAGAAACUCAUCAAGCCAACAGGGGAAUUGACAUGGGAGGCCUUGGGAAAUUGAGGUCCAGGAAGGGUGGUCUGCCCAGAGAUGUCUAUUCAUUCAACAGAAGUUGACGCUGGGGGCAAGGUCUGAGCUGCAGAGGGGAGUUUAAUUAAGCAGAGUUAACCAAGGACAUGAUAAAUUGUGAUUCCUGAGACGUGACAGCUUGUGGCCAGCUUCCCACGCAAGUCUGGGAUUCCUGUUAAGCAUUGGAUCCCCAGAAGAAGCAUGCCUUGCGACCUUGGGGCAGAUGUGUGCCCCCAUGGAUGCCGUUGCUGUCAUCACUGAUUCAGAAGGGGUGGCUCAGGCGCCCUGAUCCAGCGAGCUGGGGCAACCAAGACGCUGAUACCAGGCACAUCACCCGCACAUCAUCAACUCCCACCUCAAGUUGAGGAAUGCUUGUUUGUGUGCAUCUCAAAAUUUAUUUCAUCACUCGGUGUUGUGUUUGCUGAGGAGGGUGGAAUGGGAAGAGACAGAGUUUUGUAUAAAUAAAGGUUCUUUAUCUCCUUCCCCUCUCCCCUGCUCCCCAACCCCACCAUUUAUUAAACAAACAUCCUGCCAGG